AAUAAUAUAAUUAAUUCAACAGUGAUGGUGGGUGAGGAAGACAGGCGACCCUGCGUCCAUAAGAAUCUUGACUGAUACAUUGUCUACUACUGCUACUGCCGCUAGUGCUACUGCUGGUGCUGCUGCUAUUGUUACCGCUACUGCCACUGUUACUGCUGCAAGAUGAUGUUCCAGUGAUAGAUGAGUAUCUCACCGAGAUAUAACAUUGAAGUUUAACAUACGACAGAGCUUGAAGUCAGUGAAUGUCAUUGUGUAUAUUGCUAUGAAAUAUUCGACAUUCCUUUUCAGGAUUAACAUCAUUGAAAUCUUGAUGUCACAUAAAAGACUGACAUAACUGAAAAUUUAUCAUUGCUAUUAAUGCCUCACAUCAGUUUAAGAUUAUCUGCCCAAUGGGCAGAGAGCCUUCUCUGCUAAUAUCAACUUGUUAAAAUUAAAGUCUGACUCAAGACCAACAGUUGAUAUCAAAAUAGAGAAUGAAACAAUUUGCAUUUUCCUAAGAAUUCUGAUUUUGUAACUGCAGUCAGCAUAUUCUGUGGAAGGUAGACUGUGGAGAACUGAUGGAGAGUGCAUUGGAAACCUUGUGAGGUCCAUGGUGGUGAGCUGUGGUGGGAGUUGAAAAACAGCUCUACCAAUUGAGGGUUGAGUUGGAGACGUGUUUGUAGUGUUGGUGAGUGGUGAGGGAGUGAGGCAUCACCAGCACUCACCAUGUGGGGCACCAAGGCAACAGCUGACCGCCUCAACCUGGGCACCAAGGAUGAACUGGAAGUAACAGGAUACAGACGGGACCCGGUGAAGCUGGCAUUGACGGUGGUAGCAACAGUGGCUACUGGCGGCCUCCUGCUCAUUCUUAUCACCUGGCGACCCUCCAUCAAGCUCGCUCUCACCCACCGUCGCUGCUCGCUCUUAGAAGCUAACAAGCUGCUCCUCAAGGACACAUACCAUCAGCUUUGGGAGGAGGAGGUGGUGAGAGAGGAAGCAAGAUGUGAUACAGAGGCUGGUGUUGACACCCUAGGUAGCAUCUACUUUACCAACAAGAAGAUCAAAUAUAUCUGGGAUGAUGCCACCUGUACCUUCGUCAGGCUGCGACCCUUUGACAAUGGGGCAACAUUCAACACCUUCCAACAAGCAAGUGGAGGCCUGGGUCAGGCCACAGCUCAGCGUCGACAGUCACUCUUCGGCGAGAACUUCAUGAGGAUAGAAAUUCUCUCCAUAUGGCAGUUACUUGUCCAGCAGGCAUUAAACCCAUUCUACGUGUUUCAAGCAUUUUGUGUGGUGAUCUGGAGCUUGGAUGGCAAUUACAUUCUAAGUGGUGGCUUGGUGAUGCUGUCCAUUAUUACUCUGUCUCUAGGUGUCUAUGACACAAGGCAGCAAAGUCGUGCGCUGCGGAAGACAGUGACAUCACAGUCCGAGGUGAUGGUUCUGCGUGACGGCCAGCGCAGAGAAGUUUCAUCUCGUGAGCUGGUUCCUGGGGAUGUGGUGUUGAUCUCAGACACUCUACACUGCCUGGAGGUGGAUGCUGUGCUCCUGCAGGGUUCUGUCAUCACCAACGAAGCUAUGCUCACAGGCGAGUCCAUACCCGUCACCAAGGUUGGUGUGCCGUUCGAGAGCCACACCUUGUUCACAGAGGAGGAACAUAGGCACCACCUGCUGUUUAGUGGUACUCAGGUGCUGCAGGUGCGAGGUGCCAGCGAGUUGCCAGCACUCGUUGUCAACACAGGCUUCAACACAGCCCGUGGGGAACUGGUCCGUUCCAUUCUCUUCCCGAAACCUAUUGACUUUCACUUUUACACCGACUUCCUGAAGCUGCUGGUGGUGUUCCUGGUGCUUGGGGUGAUGGCCAUGAUCUACAGCUUUGUCUUAUGGUACAGAGUUCAGGCUACAUGGCAUGAGAUCCUCUUGAACACGCUGGACCUGAUCACUUUCGUAGUGCCGCCCAUUCUGCCAGCUACUGUGACAGCCAUCAAUGUGUGGGCCCAGCAUAGACUCAAGAAGCAAGGCAUCUUCUCCCUCUCCUCUAACUACAUCUCUCUUGCAGGAUCCAUAGACAUUGUUUGCUUCGACAAGACAGGGACACUGACUGAGGAUGACCUUGCACUAGCUGGAGUGGUGCCAUGUGUGAGAGGUGACCUGGUAGCACCUGUAGAGGACCUGAUGCAGUUGUCACCUGACCAGCCCUUGACCAAAGCCCUGGCAUCUUGCCACUCACUCACCCUCAUUGAUGGCAGGCUUGUGGGUUACCCUCUGGAUGUCAAAAUAUUUGAUGGAAUAGGCUGGACGCUGCAGGAGCCAUCAUGUAUAGAGAACCCAGAUUACGGUAUGGUGACUUUAGCAGUGGUUCAGCCCGGGGCUAGGGAAUGUGUGGACCCACAACUGCACCAGGUGGCAAUCCUCAAGACUUUCCCAUUUGAGUCACGGGAACAGCGAAUGACAGUGGUAACUCGCAGUAAGACCAGCACUGCCCUGGAGGUCUUCAUCAAGGGAGCUCCAGAGAAGGUUGCCUCACUCUGCACUGCUGACACAGUACCAAGCAUCAUGGAGGCAGCACUGGAGUGGUACUCACGACAGGGACUGCGGGUACUAGCUGUGGCAAGCAAGUAUCUGGGAGAUGCUCUUAACUACCACCAGCAGCAGGUUGCUGGCCCUCGGGAUGUGCUGGAGAUGGGGUCUACCUUCCUGGGUCUGGUGCUGCUCCAUAAUAAACUCAAGGUGGAGACAGCUCCUGUCCUGGCAACCCUUCACAAGGCUGCUAUCACCACUGUAAUGGUUACAGGAGACAACUUGUUGACGGCACUGAGUGUGGCUCGUCAGAGCGAGAUGGUACCUAUCAGCCAUCAGGUCAUAGUUGUUAAGGCAACCAUGGAAGCUACCUCGACUAAGGCUGCUCAGCACCUCAAGGUCAUCUUUUAUGAUGCUGAUUAUAAUGGUGGACUAUAUAACCAGAGAAAAAUGAUCUCUCUGAGAAAUGAUAACUAUGUGCUGGCUACAGAGGGAGAGUCAUUUGACUUGAUCGCAAAUAGUCAAGACAAGGAUCUCUUCCAGCGGCUGCUUCACAAGGGUCGAGUCUUCGCCAGGAUGAAACCUGAGCAGAAGAUCACUGUCGUGGAGGCACUUCAGGAUCUUGGACAUCAUGUUGCCAUGUGUGGUGAUGGCUGCAAUGACUGUGGGGCACUAAAGGUGGCCAAUGCAGGAAUCUCCUUGUCAUCAGCUGAAGCAUCUGUGGCGGCACCCUUCACCUCGAAGAAGGAGAACAUUGCAUGUGUCCUCACAGUUAUACGUGAAGGCCGAGCAACACUCGUCUCCAUUUUUUCUGCAUUCAAAUACAAUGUUGUGUCCUAUUUUGGUGCCCUAAUCUGUGUCCUCUUUCACUUCUCGAUCAACAUGGAGCCAUCAGAUGUGCAGUACUUGAUUCAAGACCUUCUGUUGAUCACCAUACCAGCCUUGGUGAUGGGCAACACAGGCGCACCACCAUACCUCACACCAACUCCACCUACCCAACGUGUUCUCAGCUUCCUACCUUCAGCCUCCAUGUUUUCCUUCUUGGGUCUUCAGGCACUUGUAUACUGGGCCAUGCUGGCAUAUGUGCGUGCCCAGCCAUGGUUUGAACCCUUCGUGUACAAGGAGUACAGGUGGCCACCAGAAACCUCGUAUGAGAACACAACUCUCAUCAUCAUGAGCUUCUUCUCAGUCAUCAUCGGGGCCUUUGUUUACUCUCAUGCUGCCCCCUACAGGAAGCCCAUCUACACUAACUACACGUUGACUGCAUACCUGCUGUUGGCGACAACACUCGUCACAUUUAUCACCUUCUAUAAAGGGUUGUGGCUCAGAGAUCUACUUAACUUCAGAGACAUUCCUGAUCUGGGCUUUUCCGGAGUUCUCUUCUUUACUGCUUGCAUUAACUGUGCUGUCUGCUUCAUAUGGGAGAGGUGGGUGUUGUAUGGUGUAGUGCAGCAGUACGUGUUGCCAUGGUUACAAGACAAAUGUGGUUCCCAUCAGCUUUAUAUUCAAAUGGAAACUCAGUUACAAGACAACCCGCAAUGGCCGCCUCUCACAGAACCCCCGGAGUCAACCAUUAAUGAGAUGAGUAACAAUGGUAAGCCAAUGAUGGAUGAGGAAGAACUAGACGCAGACGAGGAGUGUGGAGAGAACAAUGCACUCAUGAGAAAGUUGACACACCGACACCACUUUAAGGCCAGUGUCAAGUACCUCCCAAGAAAGCUCCUCAAUAAGACUAAUACUGAGUUGACUGUUAAUGUAAGCAGUGUUACUGAAGGUUCAGAAUAUGAAUCUCUGAUCAGUCAAAACUCUUAUUCAGUUCCAUGUCCUACACCAGAAAGUGCAAGGCACCAGGGCCCUGGAGAUGAUCAUGAGACUUUUGCCUUCAAGUUCAACCAGAGUGUGCGACAUCAGAUAAUGAAGGGUACAGGUGGUGCCUUCAGGACUUUCAAGGGAAGUGUCAAGAGACAGAAUGCACUUGAUGAGAGCACAAGUCAGCCCUACCAGAUGAUCAGUUUCUCUAGCACUGCCAUCGAUGAACCAGCAGAAGUAAUUUAUGCUACCAUAUCAAAUGAAGCCUUCAGCACCGAUGCUAACAGCCGGCCACUCACCAUUGUAGAAAAUCCCGAUCCUUCAUCAGAGCAAAUAUAUGACAUUCCUAAGCCACCACGUCCAGUAGAAGGCCCUUACUCUCCUGUCUCAUCUCAGGAAAUAAAUGCAGGAGAAUUCCUGAGAGAGAGACGAUCAUUACUGAGUGAUGAAGCUUCUGAACAGUGGAAAAACGAUGAAAGUACCUGCUGAUAUAAUUAGCUGGCAAAUUUAGAAAAUAUUCAAUGCUAGAGUUAUUUUAUUAAGUAUAUAAGUUUCAGUAUGACAUAAAGGAUCACAUGUAUUGUU